UUAUGGGCCUCAAACAACCAUCAGUCCACCUGGGCUGUUAAGUCUGCCAAACGGCCUUUCUGUGGCCCUCCUGCGGUGUCGGUCUGGUCUCCUGAUCUCUGCAACGAUGAAGAUCGAGCUGGACUGACUCUGAAGCUCAUAUCCCAUCAGCCAGAAUGGACCUAACUGAUUAUCACCCACAGCAGCCACAGCCACUUGUCCAUCACCAUGGCAACUACCCAGAGGAUCUGUUAACUUUGGAAGGAUCAUUAACAUCUCAGGAAUUUAAGACAGAGCCAGACAGCAGACCAGAGUCAGAGGAGAGCUGUCCCAUCUGUGAAGACAAAGUAUCAGGAUACCACUAUGGACUGCUCACUUGUGAAAGCUGCAAGGGCUUCUUUAAACGCUCUGUGCAGAAUAACAAGCGUUACACCUGUGCAGCACAACAGAGCUGCCCCAUGAACCUUUUGCAGAGGAAACGUUGUCCUUCCUGCCGCUUCCAAAAGUGUUUGGCAGUGGGCAUGAAGAGAGAAGCGGUAAGGGCAGAUCGCAUGAGAGGUGGAAGGAAUAAAUUUGGACCUCUGUACCGGCGGGACAGGCAGAGAAAACAGCAAAAGGUGUAUCACCAGGCAAAUGCUGCUCCCUACAGGAUUAAGAUGGAAACAACUCAAAUACACCGGCCCACAGCUCCAAAUGACCCUCACCUAAUGAGCAGUCACACAAGUGCUCCAUUGUCUUCUGAUGCUUUUCAGCAGUCCCACAUGUAUUCCUCUGGUAUGGGGCAGUUGGCUGCGCCCAUGUCUCUGGACUGCACUAUGAACGCAGACAGGGUGCUCACCCCUCUAUCGCUGCCCUACCCUGGACUGUACGAUCGCACCUUCCCUGGAUACCUCCAGGAGAAAGGAGUAAUGCCUUUAAACUACAGCCCGCCUUCCACAAACUACAUGCACCCAACUCCGAACAAUUCAUUCACACCUAAAAGCACACCAGCAUCAUCCCUCUGCUCAACACCAAGCUCAACUACCCCUCUUUCCGAGGCUCCCACUCUUACACCCAACUUCCUAAGCCAACUUCUGGAGGGGGAUCAGGAUGAGAGCCAGCUGUGUGCCAAGGUCCUCGCCAGUCUGCAAAGAGAACAGGCCAAUCGAGGCAAACAUGACCGCCUAAAUACAUUCAGCAUCAUGUGCAAAAUGGCUGACCAGACUCUGUUUGGGCUUGUGGAGUGGGCUAGGAACAGUCCACUUUUCAAGGAGCUCAAGGUGGAGGACCAGAUGGUGCUCCUGCAGAGCUGUUGGAGUGAGCUGCUGGUCCUGGAUCACCUCUGUAGACAGGUGACCUACAGUAAAGAGGGCUGCAUAUAUCUGGUUACUGGACAACAGAUUGAGGUGUCGAUCAUCAUCUCUCAGGCAGGAGUGACGCUGAGUAGCCUGGUAUCAAGGACCCAGGAUCUGGUGUCCAAACUGAAGGCAUUCCAGUUGGACAGACAUGAGUUUGUCUGUCUCAAAUACUUGGUGCUUUUCAACCCUGAUGUGAAGUCAGUGCAGAGCUGCAGGCAGGUGGAGCAGACACAAGAGAGGGUGAACAGGGCCCUGAUGGAGCACACCCAACAGAGUCAUCCAAGACACUCAGACAAGUUUGGCCAGCUGCUGCUCCGGCUUCCUGAAGUACGCAGCAUUAGCUUGCAGGUUGAGGAGUAUUUGUACCAGCGCCAUCUUCUGGGAGAUUUGCCCUGCAACUCUCUACUCACCGAGAUGCUGCACACCAAGCACAGCUGAGAAAAUGCUGCUGUAUCUUCAAGCCCUGGUGACAAGAGUGGCAACGCCUGAGUUUUCUUCUGUGAAUUUUUGUACCUCCUUUUUGGCCUUUAAGACCCAAUUAUGCUUUUUACUUUUAAUAAUUGUUGCAAAUAGUAUAAAGGCAUGCUUUAUGUAACAGUGACAUGAAAAAUAUGUGAUCCAGGAUUAGUAGUGAAGGGAAAUAUUUAGUACACCAGUGUCAUACUUCACCCAAGUGCCCAUCAUUAACAGUAUUACCACAGCCAAACAGCCCAGUAAAUAUUUGUUUCUGUCAGUAUUGUUGGAUAGAUUUUGGAUCCAAGCACUACCAUGUUUUUAUUAGGCAGGAAGUGCUUAACCGUGUAUAAACAAAAGAGAAAUGCAUCAUUAAAUAAAUAAAUUUGGUUUCGGAAUAUUCCGAUGUGUACUC